CAGCCCCCGGAGCAUGCGCGCUGCAGCCAGCGCUGUGCCCGCCUCUUCGCGGGGAGGACAGAGGAGGCGGCGCAACGGCCGGCGCCCCUCAGCGCCCCGGGGCGGUUGGCGCUCCGCUCGCUACUCCCUCAGCGGGGCGGGCUCACCAGCGCUGAGCUCGCUCGCACAUCGUGCACCUCCAAGCACGGAAGUUCAGGGCUUCAGGGGCGGUCUGACGCCCAGCCGCAGCGGGGAGUCGACGCCAAAGCAACCGAGCUGGAAGCAGAGCAAGAGCAGCGGCCUCGGCCCAUUCCCCGCCGGGCCGCCCACCCCGCUGUCGGCCGACUACCUGGACAGCUGCCGCCGGGCGCAGCUCAAAGCGCUGCUAUCGCAGGUGAGCCCGGGGCUGACGCCGCGGCUGCGCCGGGCCAACACCAAGGAGGUGGGCGUGCAGGUGAACCCGCGGGCCGACGCCGCCGUGCAGUGCUCGCUGGGGCCGCGCACGCUGCCCGCCGGCCGCCUCCUGACCCCCGCCGCCGCCCGGGGCCGCCUCGCCCUCUACUCGCCCUUGCUGAACCCCCGCCUCUUCACGCUGCCCGAGGCCGCGGCGCACCAGGAGGAGGAAGCGGCGGCUGCGGCCGCCCCCGAGGAGCAGAAGGCGGACGGCGGUAGCGACGAGCAGCGGGACGGCCCGGCGGAGGCUGCCGCUCCGAGCGAGCUGCCGCGGGAGCAGAGUGCCGCCCCCGGGCGCCGGGCCGCCUUCCAGUUCUUGGAGCAGAAGUACGGCUAUUUCCACUGCAAGGACUGCAAGACCAGAUGGGAGAGCGCUUACGUGUGGUGCAUCUCCGGGAGUAACAAGGUGUACUUCAAGCAGCUCUGCCGCAAAUGCCAGAAGGGCUUCAAUCCCUAUCGGGUGGAGGCAAUCCAGUGCCAGACCUGCUUUAAGACUCGCUGCACCUGCCCUCAGAAGAAAAGGCACAUUGAUCUCACGAGACCUCAUCGCCAAGAACUCUGUGGCCGCUGCAAAGGCAAGAGGCUGUCCUGCGAUAACACCUACAGCUUCAAGUACAUCGUCUGAUUUCUGUGCCCUCCUCUAAUCUGUGCUCUGCGCUUUGUCAGUCGUUUGUGAUGUUUUGACCUUAGGCUUUUGACCUGGCAUUGGAAAAUGGAUCAAGACUUCUGUGUUAUUUAUAAAAUAUUUAACUUUAUUAUAUAUAUAUAUAUGCUGUAAUUAAAGUUCAAUAAAAGUUUGCACUGAUUUGUUA